CUGAUCCGCCACGCUCUCUGCAAAUGUCCAGGGAUCGAGCUCUAAGCAUGCGGACGCCCAGGCUACGGCUGGCCGCUUUGGCGGCGCUUUUGGCGGCCGUGUGCUGCUGCUGCUGCCGCUCGCGGGCUGAGGUGAUCGACGACGUGCUCGGGAGCCUCUCCAACGGCACCGCCUUCCUGGAGCGCCAGCACCAGCACAUCAACCUGGACGGCGUGGUGGGCUUCCUCAUGCUGCAGGCGGAGCUGAAGGAGGCUGUCCGGACGUGGCCUCACUCGGAUCCGGUCAGCUGGGCUCAGAGGACGGCGGCCGUGGGUCUGGUCCAGCGUCUGGACCGCAGCUUUGACAACGCCGUCGCCGCUCUGCGCCAAAACGACCCCAAGUACUACCAAGAGUUCGAGCCUCUUCUGUCGUGGAAGUUCUGGCAGGUUCCUCAGGAACGCAGUAACACCGACGCCAGCCUGGUGUACGCCGCCACCACCGCGAGCGAGUGCUACGACGAGCAGCUCAGCGACAAGUGCCUCACGCUGCUCCUUGGAACCUGGAAACAGAAGGGGACGCCGUGCAUUGUGACCAAGCCGUGUCGCGACACCAUGACCCAGUUUGGUUGUCCGCACUACUCGCUGUCCCACCAGCUGCUCUACUUCAUGAUCGGGAAGAUGAAAGGGUGCUCCAACCUGCUGAAGGGCGAUACGCGGGCGUCCCGCGCCAACAUGACGGAACGCAGCUACCAGAAGAUCUUCUGCUCCAACAUGAUGAAAACCAACCAGGACAUUGUCGCCGAGGGCCUCAGCCAGCAGACGGCGGACAUCUUCAUCGAGAACAUCCUCAUUUGCGGCUUGGCCGGCUUCUCCGACUUCUACAAACCCGAUUGGCUGCAGCACAUCCUCCAGCUGCAGGAUGUCGAGCUCGGCUGCUUCGGACGUGACCCCAGCGUCAUCUCGCAGAUGAUCGGAGACGAGCUGCUGGAGCAACUGCAGCCUCAUCACCGUGUCAAGAGGAGGGAGAAGAUCCUUCCCGAUGGCUGCUCCAGUCACAUGACGGCGGUGGCGGUGGGCGCCCUGGGAGGAUAUUUAAACUUCUAUCUAACAGAGCAAGACAUAACCAAGAGGCCCCUUUGCUGAUCGUCCAACUUCCCGCCUGGCUGCUUUUUGGUGUUUUGAAAAUGUUGGACAUCAAAUCCAAAAGGAGAACAGCAGAUUUCCUUGGGUACGUCACUUGGAUCAAAGCAAUAACAAAUGACAUGAGGAGUGUUUUUAUAGCAUACUUGUCUAUCUACUUUCCAAAAAAGUAAAGAUUGGAGCUGUUUCAGUUUGAAUGUCAUGAAAUAUAGCAUGAGAAUCUGCCUGUAUUAUUUCCUUGUGAAUUAUUAUGAAGUCUUCUCCAAUAUAUUGAAGUAUUUAAGACUUUUUUUGUCUGCAUGAAGUAUUAAAUGUACGUAGAAGAAAACAACUCUAUCCCAAAUAAAAGCAAGUGGGGCACUUCAA